GUGCCUAAUCUGCUCUCGGAUUUUCCUUUUUAACUUUUUUUUUUUUUGUUUGAGGUUUUCUGUCUGCAGGCCACUCUUUUUUUCCUUGUCGCAUUCCUGCCGGCACCGCCGAGUCUUUGGAAUGAGCGGUUUUCCUGCCUGCGCGGUUUCCAUCUCAGCAUGGGAACUGCCGUGUCCAAAAGGAAGAAUUUAAAAAACGAUGCGAUAUCUUCCGUGGCGGCAAAAGUUAGAGCAGCGCGAGCAUUUGGGGAGUACCUGUCCCACACACACCCUGAAAACCGAAACGGAUCAGCUCAUCUCCUGUGUGAAACCUCGGUGGGUCCUGAUCAAGAGUCGCCAACAGACACAAUUGGCCCCAAAAAUAACAACCACCUCCCUCCUUGCUCUAUCAUCAAGGACUGUGAGGACAAACCAGAGCCCAGCCUAGCAAAAGAGAAGCUGGGCUUACUCCAGUCUCCUCCACCGUCUAUCACCAUUUCUACCAAGCCUGCUCACCUGUCCCUUGAACGCAGCUUCUCAGCAGAGGAAGACCAGCAGAAAUCAGUGGAGUGCAGCCUGCAACCUGCCCGCGUGUACACCAUCACCACCCAACACGGUGUAUUGAUGAGCAGCAGCCGGGCCAGCAAGGAGAGCCUAGAACUGGACAUCCUAAAGGAGAAGUCGGGGAGUGGUGGGGUAGGGUCUAGAGGGGGCAUAAUCCAGCCCUCCACCUCCCCGUCCUCCGCCUCAUCAUCUCCAACCCAGUACCACCGUGCGGGCAGUAGCCGUGGCACGAGCGGCGUUGGCGGCAGCCACCACCACGGCAACCAUCACCACGGCAAUCAUCACCACCACCACACCCUCACCGGCGCCAAUGCAGCAUCCGGCAGCGCUGGAAGCAGCGGGGCGAGUGGGAGCGGCACCAGCAGCCAGCAGCAGCUAACUGUUGCAGGUUCCCACUCCCAUCAUGCAUCUCACCACCACUCCCAUCACCAUCAUAACUUGGCCCAACCCCCGCUGCAGACGUCCGUCAGCGCCCACAACAUUCGCGGCUGGGGCGAAGGCGGGAAAGGCGAGGCGGAGUGCAGUGGGCUGGCCUGCGACUCCUGCAGUGGGGCUCCCUCGCGUAGCCAAGGCUCCCUGGACCUGGAGAACACGUCGCGAGAGGCAGGCAAGCAGCCCCGACGCUUGGAGCGGAUGUGGAGUGUGGACCGGGUGACUGGGCUGGAGAGAGAGGACACUAACUGGUUCCCAAAGGAAAAUAUGUUCUCCUUUCAAACAGCCACAACAACCAUGCAGGCGAACUUCCGGAAACAUCUUCGGAUGGUGGGCAGCAGAAGGAUUAAAGCUCAGACAUUCGCUGAACGUAGAUCGAAGAGUUUCAGCCGCUCCUGGAGUGAUCCCACCCCUGUCAAGACUGACUCUCCUCAUGAACCCAGAGACAGUGGAGACCUGCAGACCUCCUGUGGCCCCACAGAGGAAGGAGGUCCAACUGAUACUCUCGACUGGGAGGAGGAGCGAGAGAUGGAGAGACUGGCCUGCGAGGGCGAUGACUUCAUACCACCCAAAAUCAUGCUGAUCUCCUCCAAGGUUCCCAAGGCCGAGUAUGUUCCCACCAUUAUCCGCAGGGAUGAUCCAUCCAUCAUCCCCAUCCUUUACGACCAUGAACACGCAACCUUUGAUGAUAUUUUGGAGGAAAUAGACAAGAAGCUUACAGCCUACAGGAGAGGAAGCAAAUUCUGGAGGAUGCUCAUCUUUUGCCAGGGAGGCCCCGGGCAUUUGUAUUUACUGAAGAAUAAAGUGGCAACGUUUGCUAAGGUGGAAAAAGAAGAGGACAUGAGCCAAUUCUGGAGGAGACUCAGUCGCUUCAUGAGUAAAGUCAACCCUGAGCCAAAUGUCAUCCACAUAAUGGGAUGUUAUGUCCUGGGGAACCCAAAUGGAGUGAAGCUGUUCGAGAAACUGAAGAAUCUGAUGAGGCCUUAUUCUGUGGAGUUCCAGUCACCGCUGGAGCUGUCUGCGCAAGGCAAAGAAGUGAUUGAGAUGUACUUUGACUUCCGGCUCUACCGCCUCUGGAAGACACGGCAACACUCCAAACUCUUGGACUAUGAGGACUUUUUGUGACAAAGACACGUGGACAGCGACUGCUGAAGCGCCCCCGGGCAUCAAGAGGACCCUGUUCAAAACUGAUCCAGUGAGCAAACGUUGCUCGGCCACGCCUACUGUCAUUCUGGAGAAGCUGGGAAGAGAAGAGGAGGAAGAAGCUGAAGAUGAAAGCGCUGGGACUCUGUUCUUCCUGUUUCCAGAGUGAGAGUAGGGCACUAACUAGGAAAAAAAAGAAAACACAAGACAUAAUGGAAAAAGACAAGGGAGAAGCCUCAUCAUAGUCUCUAAAUCUAUCUGCCUUUUGAAAAAAUGCAAAAUUUCAACAAAUAUUUAGAAAAAGAAAGUCACACCUGAGUUGCAGGGACAUGCUUUUUGAGGCUAAUGUGCUUCAGAAGAAUUGUUGUAACUCAUUCUGUCUUGAUGUUGUGUGUUUUGUUUUGACUGGACCGCUCACAUAAUCUCACACACGUAUAAUACAUAAAUAACCCAUAUCUUAACGUGUGUAUAGUUCACAUGAAUAUACUAGCAUAGCUUUUAGUCAUGCAAAUAAUACUCUAUAUCAGAUUAACCAGUCAUCCUUUAUUUUUGAUGUACAUUGUUUGUGAACUUUCAUAUGGAAAUACUUUGGAAUAACUCAGGUUUUAGCCAUAAAGUAAUGAAUCUGUCCACUCUAUCAUGACAAUGUUGAAUUUGACGCCAUUGCUUUGAAUGAAUGUAUUAACUCGUUAGAGAUCUGUGUUUGAGGGAAAUGUGCAAAGUGCUGAAUGUGUGCGUGUGUUCUCAGUGUUCAAAAAAAGAGACGUCAUGAAGUUGUGUGUAUUG